GCUUCAAUUCGGUGGCCACCGCCAGGAUCUUCUACAAGCUCAUGUUGCGGCUGGGCUUCCAGAAAUUCUACAUUCAAGGCGGGGACUGGGGGUCCCUCAUCUGCACCAACUUGGCCCAGAUAGUUCCCAACCACGUGAAAGGCCUGCACUUGAACAUGGCUUUCAUUUCAAGAAGCAUCUACACCCUGACCCCUCUCCUGGGCCAGAGCUUCGGGAGAUUUCUUGGCUACACUGAGAGGGAUAUCGAGCUGCUGUACCCCUUCAAGGAGAAGGUUUUCAACAGCAUCAUGAGGGAGAGUGGCUACCUACAUAUCCAGGCCACCAAGCCAGAUACUGUGGGCUGUGCUCUGAACGACUCGCCCGUGGGCCUGGCUGCCUACAUCUUAGAAAAGUUCUCCACCUGGACCAAGUCAGAAUACCGUGACCUGGAGGACGGAGGCCUGGAGAGGAAGUUCUCCCUGGAAGAUCUGCUGACCAACAUCAUGAUCUACUGGACAACAGGAACCAUUGUCUCCUCCCAGCGCUACUACAAGGAGAACCUGGGCCAGGGUGUCAUGGUCCAUAGGCAUGAAGGGAUGAAGGUCUUUGUGCCCACCGGCUAUUCUGCCUUCCCUUCUGAGAUACUGCAUGCUCCAGAAAAGUGGGUGAAGGUCAAGUACCCCAAGCUCAUCUCCUACUCCUACAUGGAGCGUGGGGGCCACUUUGCUGCCUUUGAAGAGCCCAAGCUUCUGGCCCAGGACAUCCGCAAGUUCGUGUCCCUGGCCGAGCUGCAGUGAUGACACUAGCUUCCAACCAUGGCUUUAGCAGCAGCCCUGGUUCCCCUGGAGGCACACUGAGGAGAGAUGACCCCGUUCUAAUGAAUAUUUGCUUCUGUCCUCUGACCACCCUGGGGGUCCACACUUAACCCCACCCCCCAGAGUUCCCUCUCACCACCCCAUAUGCAUCACCCCACUGCACACCAGGGUUAAGCUUUGAUGAUAAAUGGUUUUAUUUCUAAGAGUGUCUGGA